GCGGGAUCAGCCCAGCCGAGCAUCUGUAAUCUGAUGCCAGGGAGGGUCGGAGGGCGGUGGCAUCGGGAAGAUGAGCCACAGAAGGCAACCUGCCUUGCCUUCCUUCUAAAUCCAUCCGGUUUUGCUCAGGGAGCGCCUGUUCCCUUCGUGGUUCAGGGUGGAAGCAGCAGCAGCAGCUGAAGCAUCAUCUUCUUAACUUGGAUCAACCCAGCCAGCUUGAAACCAAAGCUGGUAAAGGGACUACGAUACCCAAAAUCCCCUAGCUGGGGAGGGGAGCGAAUGUUCCCCCUGCUCCGACAGACUGUGCUAAAUAGGACACAGGCGGGCACUGAACACGUUCUGUUUUGCAAGAAGGCAAAGUGAGAAACUUCCAUAGAUCAAACAAAAAGGGUCCAUCCGGCAUCCAGUUUUUCCCAGGGUUCAACCAGAUGAUCCUGUGGGGGCGAGUAUGAGGACUGUGGCCCCCAGUGGAAACCUCCAGACCACGACGUGAUCAUGAAACUAGUGGCUCAGAUUGAGUAUUACUUCUCGGAUGAAAACCUUGAAAAGGACGCCUUUCUCCUCAAACAUGUCCGGAGAAACAAGAUGGGAUACGUCAGUGUUAAGCUGCUGACCUCCUUCAAGAAGGUGAAGCAUUUGACCCGUGAUUGGAGAACCACCGCUUAUGCCCUGAAAUAUUCCGAUGUUCUAGAGCUGAACGAAGACCACAGAAAGGUUCGGCGCAACACACCCGUUCCCGUAUUCCCUAGCGAAAAUCUCCCCAGUAAGAUGUUGCUGGUUUACGACAUCUGCCUAAUGUCUGACCUCCAUCCUCCGGACGAAGGGCAAGAGAACGGCUGCGUUCAAGAGAAGGUGAUGGAGCAUCUUCUUAAAGCUUUCGUCCGGUUUGGCGCCAUUUCCUCAGUCCGUGUCCUCAAGCCGGGCCGGGACCUUCCGCCAGAUAUCAAGAGGUUCAGUAGCCGGUACGCCCAAGUGGGCACCAAAGAAUGCGUGAUCGUAGAGUUUGAAGAGGUGGACGCAGCUAUAAGAGCUCACGAGUCCAUGUGCAUGGCGGACCACGAACAUGCCAUGAAAGUGGUCCUCAUGGGGAUGAAGCCGCCGAAGAAGAAAGUUCUGAAAGACAAGAACCGAGAUGAAGAUCCCAGCAAGGGUCUCGGCAAGACACGGUCUAUGAACAAAAGAGUGGAAGAACUCCAGUAUGUUGGCGAUGAAUCUUCCGCCAACAGCUCCUCCGAGCCAGAGAGCAGCCCGGAGUCCCCCAUGUCGGGGCGCAGGAGCGGCGCUUCCAACAAGCUGAGUCCCCCCACCUACCCAAGCCAUCAUCUCAGCCCCAACAUGUCUCCGAGGUCAAGCCCUUGGAGCAGCCCUUCCUCCUUACGGAAAGUCUCCAGGAUGUCCCCACUGGCUGAAGACGGCAGGUUGAACCUGAGCACCAGCCCCGAAAUGUCCAGGAGAUGUGCGGAUUAUUCGUCGGACAGUAGCAUCACCCCUUCUAGUAGCCCCUGGGUUCAGAGACGCCGGCAGGCUCAAAUACAAGAGAAGAGUCCAGUGGGCAGCCCCAUACAGAGCCCCAAAAUGCAGGGUGCCGUUGGACUGCCCGUUGGGGUGCUGCGUUUGCCCAGAGGGCCAGACGGCACCAAAGGCUUCCAUAAUAAUCGUGAAAGGAAUAAAGCUCUCCAAGAAUGAACAGCUGUGGGUUUUGCUCCUUCCAUGCAUUAUUCCAGCAUACAAUACCUUCAAGGACUUGAGAUCAAAACAGUAUUCUCUCUCUUUUUUUAAAAGCAUUUGUAUCCAUGUGGCUUUGCAUGUUUGUAUCCCUCCCUUCUUUCUAUAUUUUCAUUGUUUUUCAAAGCUCCUUCCUCAACGUGGGUGCGUUUUGCUUAACUUUUUUUUUAAAAAAGCCAGGUAUAACCAAACAUUCCGUGGG